AACAUGCAUGUAUGUACAAUGUAUACUGUUUUAUAUUUAGCGUUCGGGAAUCAACUUUACAACAUAAACAGGACAGCUGUUUACGUGACAAUUUCUGAACAUGUCUCGCCCAAUAUGCGACAAGUGCGUGCAAAAGCUGAAUCUGCCUUCUCCAUUGGCUGAAUUUCCGCUCAAUUCUUGCCGUCUUGUGUUGGAAUGGAGUGAGUGAUGGCGUCCACUCGGUACACCGUUCGGAAGGGCCAGCCGGAAGACUGCAAACACAUCGUGAGAUUAUUGAAAGAACAUGCCACAAGUGCGAUCAGCAACACGGAAGAAGACCUGCAAAAUGACAGCUUUGGAGAUGAGCCCCUCUACCACUUUUUUGUUGUGGAGGCCAUGAAUGAUGGCACGGAUGCGAAGGAGAACGCAGCAGCUGAGAUAGUGGGCUUCUCUGCCUACUUCUUCUCCUACUCCGCAUGGACGGGACGGAUGAUCGACAUGGAUGAGCUGUAUGUCCAGGACUCCCACAGAGGCAAAGGUCUUGGGAAGGCGUUGAUGGCAAAAGUUGCAAAGGUUGGAGUCGAGAACAAAUGUAUUGGCAUGGACUGGAUCCUAGGGGGUUCAAACAAAAGUGCCUGGCCCUUCUACAAUCAUCUCAAAUCCAUCGAUAUGUCCGCACACUUUGGUUGGAGAUUUAUGACAGUAAGCGGAGAAAACUUUGCUCAACUCGUCAACUCUGAAAUCAAACCAGGUUUGAAUAUCCAAUUUCAAUAAUUGAUGUAACUUUUUAUUUUUAUUGUUAAAGAUGCUUCCCCCGACGGCCGUGAUUUUUUUUUUAAAUUUCAUCCCGAAAAAUAGAUUCCUUCUAUAAAUUGCUAUUUUUCUAGCAGUACAAAAGUUAUUCACCUUUGAGACAUCGACUGAAAAAAAUCAGCCGAUCAUAAAUAUCAUAAAUGUAUCAUUUUUUAUUAUUCAGAAAUCAGGAAUUUCCAUUUGUCAUUAUGGAAAUAUAAAUUAUUUGUUUUCAACUUUGAUCCCCACCAAGGAUAAAGCAAUGUGUUUACCGAUGUUUUUUUGUUUUUAAAAUAAUUAAUUAUGGAUCCUUUAAUAUUUUAUAAGUAGCUUAAGAAUAGACAGUCCAAUAGAUAGAACAGAAAAAACAAAACACAGAACACGUUUUGUUGCUUGUCGCUAAAAAUUGAACCGUAAAUUCUGCUUUUCUAUUCAACUUUGCUUUGUUUGGAAUUGUUCCAUACACAACUUAAACUCUCAAAUUUCCAAUUUCACUGAAAAGGGCAGAUGAAAGUUGGUUUUUGACAAUAUUUUUUGUUGCCAAAAUUUUUUUUUUAUUGAAUCAGCCAGCAUCUUACAAUGACACAUUCUUUAGUAAAUUCUGCCUGUUUGUCAAAACUGGUAGUUUGUUUCUGUAGACAAACAAAAACCGCCUGUGAAAUAUUUAUGAAAUCACACGAAAGCCAGCAGUUUCUAUCACAAGGCCUAAAUUCCUUGUAAAAAUAAUUGUUCUCACAAAUUGAUUGUCAAUUAAAUAUUAUAGUUUUAUUUGCUCUAUUACCGUGAAAAUUUAAUUUUUUAAAAUAAAUUGUUAUAGAACAUUGUAAUGGACUGUUUAAAGUUAGCACAUUGACGUUUCCUUUUACUGCUGUUUUGUGGGAACAUUAACAAUGUAGAAAUAAAUUGCAAAACCAUGGAUCGGUAUGGCAAGUUAAACAUGUUAGUAUGUCGCACUAUUUCUCCGAUGCGUCUGUCUUUAAAUUUAGUUGUAUAAUAGUUUUAAAACCCAAUCUUUUGAAGAAGCAAAUUUAGUAUUGGAACCACGUUCAAGAAAUGCCUUUCAAAAUUUAAUGGCAUAAAAGUUUCAUAAAAUGAAAUCGCGUCGAACUUGCAGGAAAGAUGCCUAAGGGACUCAUAGAACACAUUCAAAUUCAAUUUCUGCAAAUAUGUGUUUUCCCAAAUUUAGAAGAAAAUUUCAAAGAAAUGUGGGGUAAAAUAACUCAAUAUGUUAUUUUUUUUGCAAUAAAAUCGAGGAUUUGUGCCAAAAUCUUCA